AAAAUGACUGAAACAACUAAGGACGAAAUAAUUUAUACAAUAGCUUACGACGAUGCGAGAAUUGAAAAAUAUUCCAUCGUUUGUGUAAGUUCCUGGUUUUUUUUAAGAGGAAAGAGGAACUAAAAUAUUGUAUGUACUAUAACUCCAACCCAUUUUGCUAAGCAUAUCGAAUAUUGAAGAAUUAUUUCCUAGCUCGGGCCUUAUUUGGUUUUUCGCGCUACUAUGCCUCAGUCCGCGUUUGAUAGAAUUGUCACUCUCAUAAAUGAGGCAUCUUUGGCACAUUUGGCAAGUGUCAAGGUGUCUAAUUUGCUUCAAGUAAAAGAGCUACUGAUACACCGUGAAUGCUCCCUACUGGAUAACUUUUUUGAGGUACUGUUUCUUUCAAGAGUCACUCCUGCUUUAGGAGGUUGUCAAAUUUCAGCAUGAUCCAAACACAGAAGUUAAAAGGGCAGUAAUCGGUUUCAUUGAGGAUGCCUGUCGUGUUGAUACGGGUCUUCUAAAACGAGCAGUGGGAUCUCUGUUCUAUCUUUUCUCAACGGCAAUACAACAAGAUCCUCCAUCUGUUAGUUUACUACGAUGCCUCACGGCGGCAAUGAUACCUAUUUAUCGGAUUGCAUUAUCUCGUGCCAUCAAAGUUGGAAUAAUUGAUUCUGGUGUGUCAAUGAGCGGUGGUUGUGGAAUAAUCGCCAAUUCAACUGCUGAUAUAGCCUUAGAAACAUUUCGAAGCGUUGCUGGACUUAAAGAUGAAAUCGUUCGGUUGAUGUUACCUUCAGAAGUUUCUGGAACAUCAGUUUUUGGCCAGUACCACCCUUCAUUGUUUAACGAUGCCAUAAGAAUCCAAGCAAUCAGUCUUAUUGAAUGUGUAAUUAUUCUCCAUUCACGUCGAUUGCCUAAUUCUGAAAUACCGCGUGAAAAUGAAGGUGAUUUAUCUUUGGAUCAAAUUCCAGUGCUUACCAACACUCAACUGCAAGCCAUCCUUGAAGCUAGUACAGCAGCAUCUUCAGCUACACUUCUUCCAGGUGUUUGUUUAGUUCGACCUCAUCGAUUAGCUGAAGAAGCCGAACGUUUAUUUAUCGGAUUGUCAAGUUGGCCAGUACGCGGGAAGCCUAGUAUGUCUUCUGGAUCGGUCACAUGUCCAGUUCUUGAAUCAGUCAUGGAUUCACUAGUAAAUAUUGCAAAACAAAGACCUCAAUUUAUGGACCGUGUUGUUCAAGCAUUUGAAACAGUUCAUGUAACAUUACCACCUCAUUUCUCGGAUAAUCAAGUUAGUUCGGUGCGGAAAAAACUGAAAAACGGUCUGCUACAGUUACUUAGACAUCCAGCUGCUGUAUCUGAUUUUCAGGGUCGAAUUACUAUAUUGCUAACUGAUCUUGGAGCUACUCAUGCAGAAGUUCUGCAAGCAUUGCAAAGUCAUACCGAGUUAUCUCGUGCACGUCUUUAUCCAGACCCAAGCACAUUUAUGCCUAAUCGUUCGGAUCCAGAUUUUGUUGAUCAUGGUGAUGUGGAUAUGAGACAACAACAACAACCUAGUAUACCUCCCAUUAUACCAUCCCAACCUACUGUAUCUGUGGCCCCUAGCAGUUUACCUGCUACUGAUGAUAAGUUGUCACUCGUUACUCACGUACAUACAACUUUUCCAUCAACAGACAGUACAAUAGCAUCUUCUGGGUCUGCUGCACUUACAAGUUCCAGCAAAAUACAAGAAGAACCUCAGAUACCUGCAUCAACGGUACCAAUAACUUCAAAUGUUACCCCAACGUCUUGUCAGCAAAAUCACCCCAUAACUUCUAGUGGUUUCACAUUAGCUGAAGCGGAAGCAGCUCUCCGAUUUGAUGAUGACGACGAUGAUGAUGAAGAUGACGAAGACAUUCAAAUACCACGUUCAUCUAGACGGCUGAGAAAGAGAGCGCGUAUUUCUAGUAGUACGACUAGUGGCGGCACAAAGCACACAUCAUCAAAAGUUAACUCCAGUGAUGGUAAAGGUCGGACACCUGUUAUACCAGAAAUUGAUUUAAUUACAACACAAGUAGUGCCCAAGCUAACAACAGCUAAUGUUGCUGAUCUCGUUUUACUCAGUAUGGUUACCUUACCUGAUCAAAUGCCUGCUUCAUUUCACUCGACUUAUACACCUAUAGCAGCAGCCGGGACAUCAGCGCAAAUUCACCAUUUAGCACGUAUGCUUGCUGUACAGUUAACUGUUUGGGCUAGUGAAGGUGGACAGUAUGAAGUUUUAGAUAGAAUAAAUCAGUUAGAGUUAUUAUUAAUUCCAGUUGAUGAUGAUAAUGAUGCCAGCAACCAAAUAAAUCGCAAACGUACUUUAAAGUCUGAGUCACGUACUUCUAUUGAACAAGGUGGUGAUAUUCAAAAAGAAUCUGGUAAAUCUAAGAAGCGACGUAUGCUUUUAAAAGGUGACCAGACGUCUGCUGAAAAUGAUCCUGAAGCUGAGGAUGCUUUAAUCAGAGCUAAUGCUGCUCGUAAAAUGCAUAGCGCUCAGACAAUGAAUAUAUCCACUCUUGUUGGAUAUAAUAUUCAACAGGUGGCAACCAAUGAAUCAAUAGAUCUUAAUAUACCUCCACCUGGCUUAACUGGUCUUGUUUCAAUGUUUCCUCCUUCUACUUUAUCUUCUGUGCAAAAUACAAUGGUCAUGCCUCCAACAGUACCAAAUAUGAUGGUUCCUAAUUUCAAUCCAUCACAACCGCCACCACCUUUAUUACCUAUGAUGAUGAUGAUGCCAACAAUGGUACCGACACAAUCACAAACUCAAACCACAUUAGGUGUUGUAGCUGGUACACCAUCUAAUUUAUCUGUUCCUUUCAAUCAAUUUACAAACUCAUCGCUACCUAUGCCUUUGAAUGCGAUCCCUCAAUCUGAUUUAAUUGCCCCAACUCCAGUCCGUCCGUUCUCAUUGGAUGCUGUAACUACUUUCCUGAGUCGUGAUGUACAACGGCAACUUGCUCGUGACGCAUUUAUGCGUAUUCUAGAAGGUUUGGGGAUUUCAUUCAUUCGUCGUCAAUCCCUUACUGAUGGCACAGUUGUUCCUACACCAGGAACAACAGAUUUACUAUCAGGUCAAUAUGAUGUAAAUAGAAUGAAGUUAUUAACUCGUUUAACAACACGUCGGUUUGGUGGCAAUGAAUUUUAUAAUAUACUUAUUGAUCAUGCCAUCCAAAAUCUUCGUUAUGGAUUUGAACUGUUAUCAAAAUUAUUAAUGCAAGAAUAUUGUCGUUAUCGUGGUUUUCAAUUGAUCGGUUUCGGUUCAUUUUUGGAAACACGUCGUCAUCAAUUAUCUGUGAUCCGGGAACAAAUUCGUAAACGAUUCGAAUCAUCUACCUUAGAAAAUAGUGUUGUUGUCAAUUCCAUAGUUGAUUCAAAAAGAAAUGACGAUAUUACUGAGGAUGACAAUCUACAUAGUAACAAUGCUGUCCAUUCGGAAAAGUUGACAAAUACAGAAAAUAAAGAGGCUACCAAUUGUACUGAUACCUCAUCUAUUGAUAAGAUUUCCAAUGUGGACAAGAACAGAUCAGAGUGUUUGCCAAAAGAUACAAGUAAUGGUGAGAAGAAAGUAAAGCGUGAGAAUAAAAACAAAAAAGAUGAUGAAGAGGAACCAGAAGCAGGAGAAGAUGGAGAAGUGGAAGAAGCGGAGAUGGAGCAAGAGGUCGAUACUAAAAGCGCAUGUAAAUCUAAUUUGAAACAAUUAAGAAAUACUGGAGAUGUAAAGUCGACUAAAGAAAAAUUAAAUCUUUUGAAAGUGUCACUGGCACCACCGGAUGAUUUAGGCUGUUUAUCAUUUUACGAUUGUUUGUUGAUUGCAAUUCUUCAGAAAUUAUCCAAUCCAGAUCUACGUCAACACUACUUCAGCAGAUUUCUAAUUGAGGCACCUCUUUUAACUCCUGGUGCAAUAAAUGAAUUGAAACGAUAUUGUUCAUCACCAGAUCAAGCAACUUAUGGAUUUGAGAUAUUGCGUACAUUGAUCGAAACACGUCCAGUUAGUCAAAGAGAAGAUCUUUUGAAUAUGUUAUUACAUUUUUGUUCGGUGGAUGCAUUAGAAAUUCGCAAAGCUGCAUUAACUGCUACAAGAGAACUGGCAAGUUCUGAUCCUAGAUGGCAAGAUCACAUAGAGAUGUUCGCUGUACAAAUGCUUAAAAAGCUGUUACAACCUCGUCCAAGUCCAGAUAUUUUUCCAUUUCUUAAUCAGUCAUCAAUACCGUCAAGUUGGACAGACGAAGCCUGUCAAGCUUGUGCACACUUAUUUCUUGGUUUGAUGCCUCAAAGCCCUGGACUUAUGCAUCAGUUGGCUGAAGUUUAUACUCAAGCUUGCCCAAAUAUAAAACGAUGUUUACUUAGAAUGGUUGAUUUACCGAUUCGUGAUAUCGGGAUUUAUUCAGUAGAUCUUCAUAAUUUAGUUAGUGAAUGUCCAAAUGGUGCAGAAACUCUCAUAACACGUAUGAUACAUAUUCUUACUGAUUGGCCAUCAGCUGCCAAUGCAGCUGCUGCUACCGCUAAUUCAUUAAGUGUAAAUACCAGUAAUACAUCUGUUCAAUCAUAUUCAACUCCAACUAAAGUCCAAACAACACCUCUUAGUCCCGGUAAUAAUACUCAUCAGAUCGGACAAUUGUUAAUUGGACCAGCUGUAAUUAUUCCACCACCUUCAUUAGUUGACCGAGUUUAUCGUUUAUAUGAAGAACGUGUACAUGAUGUUCGUUGUCUUAUUCCUGUGAUUGUUGGUCUAUCUAAACAGCAAGUUAUAAACGCACUACCUAAAUUAAUACAAUUAAAUGAAAAAGUUGUAAAAGAAGUAUUAACUCGAUUGUUACAUGCAAGUGUAGCUACUCAGUAUGCUCCACAAAUUAAAGGUGUCAGGAACAUUCCAUUUAAUUUAAGUGAUCAACCUUCUCCUCUUGGUCCUUUAAAACCUGAAGAAUUAUUGGUCGCUAUUCAUUUGUUGGAAUUCGCCAAAGAUCCUUCAGCACCGCCCUCAUCAAAUGAAGGUAAAUCGACAAAGCCUUAUGUAAACCUUCAAUCUAUACUUCAUGCAUGCCGUGUUUGUUUUGCUGAACGUCGAUUGUUUACACAAGAACGUCUAUCUGUUGCAAUUGGCCAACUUUUAGAACAACCUGUUCUGCCUACUCUAUUUAUGCGUACUGUUAUGCAAGCAUUAGCUUUACAUCCUCGAUUGGCUGGUUAUGUAAUCAAUGUUUUAGUUCGAUUAAUUCGUAAACAGGUAUGGAAAAGUGAAAAAACUUUGGGAUGGAUUUAUUAG